CAAAUUUGUUCAAAUACUCGAUUUUGAUUGGUCAACUCAAAAUACUAGAAAACGUUACUCGUUUUUCACCUGCUGAGUUUUGAAGCUUGAAAAGUUUAAACUUUAAAGUUUGUUUGAUUUCUGAAUAUCACCGGAUGAUGAUGGUGGUGGGUGAAAUAACGUGAAUCAUCUCCAUGUUGACUGUUGUCACUUGUACAGAACUUGGAAUUAAUUAACAUAGAGUAGAAAUGAACUGAGAAUUAUUAUUGAGAUGGAGAAGUAGAAUAAUUUUCAUCUUUCUAAUCGAGUGAAUCAGCAACAUGUAAACUGAAGGUGUAUGCAAAUAAUGAAGAUAAAAUUAACCAACGAACGGUAAUCCGUAUCUAUUUUGCUUUGUAAUGAAAAUUUUUGCAGCUGUCGAUGUUAUUUCAUUGUUAUGUCAGGCCAAGCCAAUCGUCAAUCGUGCAUUCGUGCUCGGUUCAUCGGUUGAUAUCGGUUUUUUUCGGAGAGAUUUAAUACUCCGGUAUCUGGAACCCAUCGCCUGAACGCCAGCUGAAACCUUUGUUUUCGUAGUUUUCGUUCUCGCUCGCUUUUUUGUUUUCUUUUGUUUUGUUUCUUCAUUACUUGUUCGUUUUUUUGUUUAACUCGUGUCGUUAACGCAUACAUUGUUGCGCCAAAACCUCAAUACGUUCGAGAGGAAAAGUUUCCAAAACUAGUGUAGAAUGUUCUAGUAAUGGUGUAGCAUUUUGGUCGUGUGUAUGUUCGGUGAGUGUUUUCGAAAAAGUUUCGCGAAUUUCAGCAUUCGUUGGACACUCGUAUGAACUUCAAAUCAAUCAAAGUACCAUCAAAUACUUUCUCUUCACUAGCCAGGAAUCCUUGUUACUGAAGUUACUGAGAAUCGUUUCAAAGAAAUCAAACUCAGUUCGCAUUUAUGACCGAAGAGAAGUAUCCCGUGUUCGUUUCGUAAACUAGAACGGUCACUAUCAAAUAGUCAAUUAUGAAUAUCGAAGAAUACCAUAACGAUAGCUUAGCUGGAUCUGAGGACGAUCUGGACGACGAUGAGUUAUACUGUGAAGAACACCCAAAUCUCGAAUGUUUCGAUAGAGAUACGUUGUUGCUCGAACAACGCCGUAAUCGCGAAUGUAAAAGAUGCAAAGCUAAUAACUACGAUGAUUACACGGGUACAAUAAAACCAGCGGUCUUCAGCGACGUACCCAAAUUAAUGGAAAUAGCUUGCGUUAGCAUAGCUGCGACUUUAUGGAACCACGUAAACGUAACCCGUGCCUUAUUCCACGUUAGCAGAAGAUGCGCUAGAAACAGCCCAAAAUGGAUAUCGUUAUUCGACAAAGUAGUCGGAUUAGUCGACGAGUUAUCAGUAUCACCAUCUUUAGCCAAAGAUAUCAAAAACCACGUACGCAUGUUAGGAAACGAAAUCACCGAUUGGGUAUCGUAUCAUUUCCGAAGCGUGUUUUUAAAACACGGCCAAGAUAAACACGUCUACAGUCUUAUCUAUCACAUUAUUUUACACCCGAAUGGCGCCAUCGAUUGCAGAGAAACCGCUCGAAACAUGUCAACGUCGCCUAGGUUGAGCGAAGUGGAAAAAUUCAAGUUCUUCGCCACCUAUUGCUUGGAAAACGAGAUGGUUCAAAUGUCUCCGUUGGUGCUGAUGAAUAAUUUCUUGGAUUUCGUUAAUUUCUCCGAACAUCCGUUGAUGUAUUAUUGGUAUUGUUAUUUUAAAAAUCAACUGUUCAAGAUACCUGUGCCGGAAAGCCUGUCUAUCGAUAGCUUUAUGUUCAGACACGCUAAAGUAGAUAAUUGGCCAUCGAAGGAGUAUUUUUUCGAUCGUCUGAGUUCCGAUGAUCAAGUCAGACAAGCUAUCUGGUUAAUAGAUAAACACGCCAUUACGUAUCAGAAGUUAAUUCUGGAUAAAUUGAACGAAACGCAGCGUCUUCUCGUGCACAUGGAACGUCCGAUUAAAAUCGCAUCGUACUAUGCCCGAUCAGGAUGCAACUGGAGAGAUCUUCUUGCAACGUGGUACGAAAUCCGCAACUCGAUUGACGAAGAUCAAUUCGUUAAGAUAUUUAAAGAAUUGCUGAAAGCUUCUACCAUCGAUACCGUAUUAAGUGAGAUAUGGACCAGCGCAUCGAGCAAUUUUAAAACUCGAGUUUUGAAUAACGAUAAUCAUGGAAUCGUUGAAAACGUAUUGAACGCGUGGAAAUGGGCUAACGAGAGCGAAUUCAUUUUUACCAUGUUACAAGACGCCGAUUUGAAUACUAGACAGAGAAUCAUACGAAUGAAAUUCUUCACCGAUCAUUGCGACGAGUUACUCUCGAAUAACAACUUAUCGAUUAUGAAUCGUUUAAUAAAACUGUGCCUUCCCAACGUCGAAGAAGCGUUCGAAUUCAAGUGUAAUCUGGCAAUUAAUUCGAAAUGCGUUAAAGAUAAAUGCUUGACUUUUUACAGCGCCGGAAACAUCGAAGGUUUGAACGGUUUUCUAGCUGAGCUGUUAUCUACCGAUCACGUGAUUCGAUACAAGAAGGAUUUCUUGAUGUCUUCUUUGGGUAUUUUCAACGGUAUUAUCGCCAGGUUUUACCGAACCAACGUCAACUCGGCUGUUAUUUUUGCUGUAUGGUUCGAUAUUCGUGAUUUGAUCACUCGAGAGCAGUUCGUACUCGUGUUCGACGCAUUGUUAAAAGGAUCGAUCGACGAUACCAUUCCAACGACUGUUUGGAACACCGCCUGCGAUGAUUUUAAGCAUCAUCUUUUAAACCAACAACGUCACAUCAUCGGUGAAGUUCUACAAUCGAGGGAUUGUAACGAGCUCUUUUUCGCGAUGCUUCGAGACGCGAACGUCGACACCAAAAGAAGCAUUACAAAGCUGCAAUUUUUCCGAAACCAUUGCGAAAAACUACUGUCAAAUGGUAACUCGUCGGAAUUCAAUCGUUGUCUCAACCUGUGUCUACCCGAAGCUCAAGAAUUACUGCUGUUCAAGUACGAUAUCGUGACCAAUUCCGAUUAUGUGAAAGACCGUUGUCUGUCGUUCUACACGUCCGGUAAACUGGACGACAUGAACAAUUACCUGAGUCAGCUUUUAACGCCGGAUUUGGUUAUUCAGUUCAAAAGACACGUCUUGUCUCAGUCUGCUGGUUUUCUCAAAGAUUUGAUCUCACGUUUCGAGAAAACGACGACGAGUACUUCGGAUAUAUUCAUCACGUGGUACGAUAUUCGCAGCCUGAUCAGCCUCGAUCAAUUCCUGCUCGUUUACGGUUCGUUGUUCGAUACAAAAUUCAGAGAUUUUGUCAGCGGUUGUGAUCUGUUGUUCGCCAUGUUACUCGACGAGAAUUCCGGUAUAAUAAAAGAAAUCACGGCGAAGAAUUUCUUCUACAAUUACUGCGAAUAUUUAUUACUAAAGCAGAAUAUACCGGUGCUCGAUCGUUUGACAAAUUUUUGUCUACCGGAUACGCAAGAAUUGGCUCAAUUCAAACAAAUCCUGCUCGUUAAUUCUCCUCACGUGAAAGAAACCUCCCUCAAGUUUUAUUCCACCGGAAACACGAAAGGAUUAAACGAUUACCUCAAGUAUUUCUCAUCGCCGUAUCCGCACGUCGUUGCCGAAUUCAAGAAGAGUCUGCUAACUUCGCCCGAAGGGUUCAUCGUUUGUUGUAAUUUAAUCGAUUUGGAGCAACAUAAUUUACUAAACGUUGUUAUCGUUGACGGUUUAACCGACGUGAAUGCAGCUGUAGCGUUCAAGAAACUAUUGCUUUCUUCUCAGUCGGUUGUUUCUAAACUUCGAACUUUAAUCAUGUCGGGCCGUCUGGCAUCCGUUCAAAUUUGUAUCGAUCGUCAUCUCACAUCGAUCGAAGAUAUUGUCGCGUUGAAGAAGAAACUGGUCGUUAGUCCGAGUAACAUGAUACGUAAACUAUUGGAUAAAUUCGACGAAUCGUACUGCCAAGCUGUGUUGUUAUGGUAUUUCGGAAACGAGAACGCUGUUCAAGAGUUCAAACGUUUAAUGCAUGUAGAUACGAUUUUCGUCGACUUACUGAAAGAAUGUAUUUUCGAAAAAUUCGAUCGCUUGUUAACCAAUUGUAAAUUCAAGCCUUUGAUGUACGUACGUUUCGACAUCGUUGAUCGGUUUUUAAACUGGUAUUUCCAGUCGUCGGCCGCUGUGAAGGAAUACAAAAUGAAGAGAAUUUACUUCCAUCAGCAGAUCGACGUAUUCAGUACUCUGUUGAAAGCUAAGAAGUGUAGUCUGCAUUUGAAAGAGACGGUUAAAUGGUUUUUACAGAAUGACGUCGCUGAAAUGGAGAAAUUCAGGUCGAAUAAUCGGUUUUUAAAAAUUCGCGAAUUGACUGGAUUAAUUUAAGUGAUUUGUUCGUUAUUUUACAAAAAUUAUCAACUUGGAGUGAUUUUUUGAAUGUUGUCCUUUUCCAACAUUUGUUUGUUGUUUUUUUUUUGUUUUAGUUAGGUUUAGAUUUAAAAUACCGUUUGCUUUCUGAAAGCAUAACGACGUGUGGUUCAUUUCGAACGAUUUGUUUCUCAUUAUUUUAAUUUGACAGUAUUUUUUUUUAAUUACGUGAAUAAUUAAUGUAUAUUUUUGCCAUAACACCUUCGUAUAUUUCGAUUGGUGAAUCGAGUUUUUACUGGUAUUUUUAAUUUUUGUUUUUACUUCCGAUGUGUUUU